AUGUCAAUGACAGCACAGGAGCUCACUUUCCAUAUGCAUACGCCCCAAGGCAACCGGGCUAUGGAUGGGAAACAGGCUGCCAAACAACAUAAGCAACGACAGCAGACAAACCGUCCAGCACCCUAUCCCUCUCCUUCGAAGCGUCAAGGAGGAGGUUAUCAACACAGACGGCAUAACUCUGUUGCGGACGCACUGACUCUCGGCUCGGCUACGGCUCAGACCCCCAUAAACAGCAACGCCAGUAUAUCUGCGGUUAGAACCAUGAACGGACUCGGCAUUAAAGUAAACGGUGACGAACAAAACCACAACCAUCCAACGACAGCAGAUGGCAGUAUUGAUAUGGAAUAUUGGGGCAUCAUGAAUGAUCAAAGGCCUAGAACGCCCACAUGCCAAGGCAUUCUUACUUUCAACCCAGUCACCCCGCAAAGCCCAUUCACCUGCUACCAACAGAACAAUGCUUCAAUCCCACAUGACAUCGAUCAAUUCCUCUCCGGAAUUGACUCGCCCGCCAUGUCCAGAAGAGUCUCAGUUGUGUCGAAUCACUCCCCACUAAGAGCUAAUUUCCAGUUUGAGAAUUCUCAAGUUCACGAUUUGCCUACCCCACCACACACCGCUCGACUAGGCCACAAUACCUUCGAUAUGGCGCCUCUGCCACACAUCAAGUUUGCUAGCAUGUCUGCAAUCAGUAAUAUGGGAUCGGAGGCCGACUUUGAAGGCGCACCUCCGUAUUCACCCCUGUCUCCGGCCUUCGACUCUAUCCCAUCGUCACCCCCAGUCCAUUUUGAAAAAACCUUCCGGAGCCCUUUGAGUAUAGUUGUUCAGAAAGGCCCAGCUCUAGCAAAGAGGUUCCAACAAGUGGAUCUUCCGGCUCUGGCACCAGCUCCACGCACAACUUUAGAAACACCACCCCCCGCUCCAGUGAGGGAAUCGUCUUCUACUCCAAGUGAAAAAGCCACGGAGAUUACAAUUGAUUUAAUAAAUAGCUACAUCUCCGGACCAGAAGCUACUGAUGGAAAAUGGUUAUGCCUUUACCCUGAUUGCGAGAAGAGAUUUGGGAGAAAGGAGAAUAUCAAGUCCCAUGUUCAAACCCAUCUUGGAGAUCGUCAGUUCCUAUGCGAAACCUGUAAGAAGUGUUUCGUUCGACACCAUGACCUGAAAAGACAUUCAAAAAUCCAUACGGGUGUCAAGCCGUAUCCCUGUGAUUGUGGAAAUGCAUUUGCUAGGCAUGAUGCUUUGACUAGGCACCGGCAGCGUGGGAUGUGCAGUGGAGCAUUUGAGGGGGUCAUUAGGAAGGUAGUCAAGAGGGGAAGGCCUCGCAAGAAGCCGCUCAAGGAAGAGGAGGACCGUACUGUGAAACCGGAAGAAAAUACUGAAGGUUCAGAGGAAGAGGCUUAUUUUGCAUCUGACGCUUCCAACCCCCCAUCACCUCGUGAUAUUCCAGAUUUCAGCAGCCCUGCCGGUCACAGCCCAGGACCGCAAACUCCACAAUACGUCAUUGAAGGGACACCCUCGUUGAGAGAGAGUUCCCCUAGUGCUUCUCAUGACUUCAGCAUUCCCCCCUCACCACACGGGGGAUACGAUUUUGAAGACUUCACCUCAUCAUCGGGCAGAGGCUCUUUGGCAUUCAACGCGCUAGAUGGUAGUUACGAUAUGCCAGCUCAUUCUAUUGAAAACUCAUCUAUGGCGAGAAAGCCUCAAAAUUCCUACACCGACGAGUUAUUAGCCCAGCCAGAGUAUUCAAUGUUUACACAUGAAGGGGUUUUAGACUUAACAGCAUUGGAAAGGGACCCUGAUAUCCUGGGCUUUCAAGAUUACAUAAAACCUGAAUUACUCAACAACUCGCAGGACACUUUCUUUGGAAGCUGUUGA